AUUCGAAACUUAAAUUCACAAUGACAACAACUUGUGUUCUUCAAGGUUUCCAUUGUCUGGCUGACACCAACCGGCUAAGUAUGUGUGACUGGAUUAUUUCAAAUUUUAUUGUUUAUGGCAAAGGCGUUAUGUCUAUUUCACUUUGGAGAAUAUUUCUGCCAGCGUUUCGUUUGAACAAUAUAUGGACACAAAUGUACUCCUGCUCCAACGUGACAUUUGAGGUCGAGACAAAGCGCAUCUUUACUACGUAGAACAUAUGUGACUUGUCUCUAGGAAAGGAGCAACUCCGUAGCAAACCAAGCUUCCUGUUUGAAGCUACUUUAAAAACAACUUUG